AUGGCUGAAGGGGCACACCAUCAUACGCCAUACUUUGCCUCGCUUUUUUCCGGAGCUUGCGCUGGUCUCCUUGUCGAUAUAACUUUGUUUCCGUUGGAUACAGUCAAGACUCGGCUUCAGUCGGCAUCAGGCUUUCGGAAGUCCGGCGGCAUAACUCGACUGUAUUCAGGUAUCCCGUCGGUGGCAAUUGGCUCUGCCCCCAGCGCUGCGCUUUUCUUUAUUGCAUACAACGCUAGUAAAGAACUGUUGUCUACGAAGAUCUCUAACCCGAUGGUCGCUGAAAUGAUCGCCUCGUCGAUUGGCGAAACGAUCGCAUGUUUUGUUCGAGUACCAACAGAGGUGCUGAAGCAGCGCACGCAGGCCAGGCACAGUCGUAACGUUCGAAACGCGUUGCGCACCUUGCUGCAGGUCGACGGCGCCAGUGGACUCUACCGCGGCUUUGGAAUCACCCUUUGUCGCGAAAUCCCUUUUUCGGCUAUUCAGUUUCCGUUGUGGGAGCAGCUAAAACGAUGGUGGACUUGUUAUCAGGAUCGUCCAACUUCCAUUUGGCAAAGCGCCGCUUGCGGAUCCAUUGCCGGAGGGAUUGCUGCAGGUAUGACUCCAAUACUUUGA